UUUUUUUUUUUUUUUUUUUUUUUUUUUGCUUUGUCGCGUCAUUUUUUUCUUCUUAAUUCCCUCGCCCCCUCUGCUUCCUUUCCUGUCGCUCAAAAGCGCGCAACAAUCACACAACUCUCUUCUCAUCUCUAGUUAUUUUUUCUCCUGUCGCACGAGCCAUGCAAGCAAUGGUAUGCAACCGCGUCGAGCUGUCGAACGUAUUCUCCGUCAGCAAUAACAGCAGCCCCCAGAACGACACGAUGAACAGCUUGACCUCACGGCGCUUCUCGGACCCCGUCCAGUUCCGCCGCCACCGUCAGCUUGUUCAGAGCCACUCUGUACACCCCGAAACAAGCGUAGGGCAGGCUAUGGCACAGCAAUGGCCCGUCGCAGCACCAAAGUCAAGCGACAGCAACAACAACAACAACAACAACAACGCGAGCGACCACACCCCCUCGCUGAGCUCGUCACGGCUUGCCAAGCCAUCCCUCAGCGCCUUGAGCGAGGAGGACGCCGCCCAAAUGAUUGCGUUGAGCAAUAACCCCACUGCAACCGAACUCUGCGAGGCUGGCGGCGACACGCAACGCGAGUCCGAUGCGAUUCCGAUGCAGUCUAAUUGCAUCGACGACUUCCAUAACGAAUCAGAGCUCUCCACCGUGUCCUCCCCGACUGCCGCGUCGUCUCGCAGCUGUGAAGCAACGUCUCAACAGGAUGACGACUGCCACAGCUUUGCGACUUCUGACAUGCAUGUUGCGUUGGGCGACGCCUCCUCCUUCGGCUUGUCCAACCGCCCGCAGCGCUCGAGUUCUGCCCCUCCGCAACCAGCGCUCAUCCAGUCUCGCCCGUCUUCCAGCAGUUGCCGCAUCCAACGACGCGUCUCCUUCAGCGAUACGGUCAAUGUGCACCAAACUUAUACGCCCACCGACUACGACCGCACCAUGGUUGCGCUGGGCUCGCUCACACCCGCCAAGAUUGAGGAAAUCCGCCGGGAGAUCAUUCUGUUCAAGUACUACGAAAUGGCCGUCCACCCCAGCUCGGUCCAGCACAACGCGUACAUGAUCUGAGGCCCAGCGUUCAUUCCCGGCGUUCUCGGGCCUCUGUCUCCUUUCUCUCUUUCCUCCCGUCCGCUUUGUACAUGCUUUUUUUUGAAACACUCAGUCAAAGACCUACAUGAAUCUUAAUUGUACUUGGUCGUUUUGCUCUUCUUUUGCUCGUUCUUUUUCAGAUUUUCGAUUUUCGAUUUUGGUUGUAUUUUUUGCGUUUUUGCCGUUUCGUUUCGUGACAUCGUUAACUUUGCCUUUUCUUGCUGUUGUUGUAUUAGUGCGGUCUUUCAUUUUACCCCG